AUGUCUGCCACUGAUUCUACAAACGAUGUUACUACGAAAAGGGUAUAUAUCUCAAAUUUAAAUUUUAAUACUGGUGAGAAGGAACUACAAGACUACCUUGUGGACUUUAAACCAAGAACAGUAUACAUUCCUUGUAAUCCUCAUAAGGAUUUUAGAAGAAAAUAUUUUAAUCGUCCAAUGGGGAUUGCUUACGCAGAAUUUGAAUCUGUAGAAGAAGCAAAAGCAGCCAUUGACGGAUUAAAUGAAAAAGAUUUCAAAGGUAGACCAUUGAAAUUGAAACCAUAUAUCCCUUAUACCCCACAUCCCAAAGGAAGAUCUUCCUCGAAUGUAGCAUCUUCCGAAACGCUUAUCGCCAAUAAUCAAGAAGCUGCUAUUGAACCUUCCGUUGCCGCUAAUACAGAGCCUGUAGAACAGAAACGCACUAGGUACGGUAGGCUAAGGGGGAUGAGUGGUGAUAUUUCCAAAGAUACUGUUUAUUGUAAAUAUUUACCUGUUGGAGUCGAUGAUUCUCAUCUUAGAGCAUUAUUUAGUGCAUAUUCUCCAAGGGAAAUCUGGAUUUUUAAAAGUACACCUCAGAGGAAAAUCUGUGUUCCAGUUAGCAGGGAACCAUUUACUGCAGCAUUGAUUACUUUAGAUACUGAAGUUGAGUUGAAGGAAAUUUGUAAGCUUAUGUCAAAGGGCAAAUUAUUAGGUAAAAAAGUAAGUAUAAAACCAGCUUUUAUUAAAAAAAUUGAAGAGGUCAAACAAGUUGCCCUAGAAGAUCAGCCAAACUUAGUUGUCCAGGAAGAUGUCGUGAUAGAACAAGCAAGUCGUGAACAACCAGCUGAAAACGAACAAACGACAGCCAAUGCUCAUUUAGUAACAAAUGAGACAAUAACAAUGCAAGAAGAAGUUCUAGUAGCUAUUUAG